AUGCAGUCAAUAAGUGAUUGUCCCUUCGGGCUAGUUUCAAGAAAUACAGUUAGUUCCGUUUCUAUUUUCGCAGAGUGGGUAGCAUGUCCAUGGAAAUAUAUCAACGUUGUUGGUUCAGGUAGAUAUGUAAGCAAUAAGCCUGAUAAAAUUACAAGGCAUGAUUUGCUCCAAGCUGCACAGGAGGCAGAGAUGCAGGAGUUGCUGGCAGAAAGUGGUUUGAAAGGUAGACAUAAACACAAAAAAAAAAGUAAGUUGACAUUGGAAACUAUAACCGAGGAAAAUUCAUCAAACGAAAGCUUUUUUUGA